CUAACAAUGUCUUUAGUUUUUAGGGUUUGGAGGCUGCGCGUUUAAAUCCGUCCAGCCCGUCUGGACUGUCCCCUUUGUCUCUGCUCGUGUCGUUGGUCGCGUGCCAUCUGCUCCAUAUGUUCUUAUCGGCGGCUUUAGACCGACAGCAGCACACAUUUACUUGUCCCUUUCGCCCUGCUUGCGUUCAUUCGAACCGGCGGGGGGGCAUCUCCAGUUUUCGUUUUCUCCCUCAAAACAUGUGUUGCCUUUUAUUCUAACAUAAGUGUGUAUGGUUGCCCAGUGACGUCAGCGUCCCAGCAAGAGAGUCCCUCUUUUUUCUUUUUCUUUUUUUUUUGUUGCUGGAGCGGGCUGUGGAAAGAAAUCAAACGGGAUGCUUCUCCCCCGUCAGACUGCACUUCUGCAAACAUCGCUCACACUUUCUGAGUAGAUGGCUGGAUCAAAUGUUAAAGAAAGUGCAGCUUUUGGACGAUGUCCAGAAGAGCGGCGCUAUUAAAGGAACCCGACUAUGAAAACGCGGACUCCGGAGCUGAAACUGCCGAAUCUGACAGCAGCAGGAUGUCGUCAGGCAUUCAGUGCAUGACCGGUCGGGUCAGGCAGCAGCAGCAGCAGCAGCAGCAUCUGCUACUGAACUUACAUCUGCUGGCCAACCCUGGAGACUCACUGCUGCUGCAGCACACGCUGGACCGCCUCCUCCGCUGGCUGUGCCCGACUCUCCGUAUCUUCCAUGUGUCAGAGAGGGCCUCCCCAUUCCGAAGUUACACACGCCUGUGUUCUGUUGCAGGCUACCCUUCUCUGGCCAUUACCUUCUUCCUGCACGAGGCCUACGGAGAGGAGCGAAUCCUCAAAGUGCUAGACUUCUUUCAGCAUCCUCCAUGGCAGUACCACCACACUGAGACCUGCGGCAACAGAACAGGGGGGGUGUACAUCACCUCCAGCAGCUCUCCCACCAAUGCCAUGCUGCGGCCCUACCUCCUGCCCAGCCGAGAUUUCUAUAGUUUGGGUGCGGGCAUGCCUGUGUGGGGGGUUCGGCCAGUCCACUGCGGAGGGGAAAUACUGCGUGUGACACUGUACAGUGGAUACGACAACUACGAGGACGCUGUGCGGCUCUAUGAGACGGUGCUGCAGCGACAGGCAGAGGAGCAAAAGACGGGCUUCUGCUGGUUCACUCUCCACACAGAGCCCGGGCUGAGCCUGCAGCUGGCUUUAAAACAGCUGUCACCAGGAGCUCGAGUGGAGCCGUGCGGCUCCGCUGUGCUGCAGUUUAGUGUGGAAGAAAUUGGCCAGCUAGUCCCUCUGCUGCCCAACCCGUGCACCCCCAUAAGCAGCUCCCGCUGGCAGACAGAAGACCUAGAUGGAAACAAGAUUCUCUUCCAGGUAAAAACCCCGGCUCAGCCUCAACGACCUCUGACCUGUGCUUUCCCCGUGACCGGCCCCAGCGUGUCCCCUCAGGGACUGCAGCUCAGGAGCUCGGUGCAGGGCCACAGCCUGUCGCCCCUCACAACCCCCCUGCCCUGGCAAACACACAAGCACAGCCACAGGCCGCGCAGCGACUCGGUCCUGGAGAAGCUCCAUGGAGCGGAGAGCCAGGGGUCGGGGAGCUGCUGUAGCACCCCUCCAGGUAGCUCCUGCUACUCAUCACAGCGCAGCAGCCCCGCGCCACACUCCGCUACCAACCACCCCGACUCUCCCCUGCGCCCCUCCAUCACCCGCUCUCUCUCCUAUCUCCUUCUGGAAGAGGAGGAGGAGCCAGAAACAAACGUCGACACAGGAGCCCCCGUCUCGCUGGCCUCUGACCCGGCGGUCAAAACUAUAGCUGGCUCCUCCUCCGUGGACCUCCUGAUCAAUCGCCACGCUGAGAGGCCCGUGUCUGCUGGGGAUUCAGCUGUUGAGGGUCUGACUGAGGAGCCGGUUGAACGUCCGCCAGGGACACACACGAACCCUCGCGUGGCCUCCAGGACAUGGGGCCCUGCUGGAUGUACAGAUGCAGCCAGGAGGGGCUGGGACAGCAGGACUGUGGCAGCAGGACAAAGUCCCUCCAGAGGGCCAUUUGAGGAGAGCAGGACUACCGGUGAGCCGCUGUCAGCACGCACAAACAACCAGGAGCCGGUCGAUGAGUUCUUCAUCUAAGUUCCCGGGGUGAGAAUCCUAAAAACAUAUCACAUGGAGGACUGCCACCGAGGUUGGACAGGAUGCUGUGGAUGUGAGGGGCAGGAGGACACAUGUCGGUGGUCCGUCUAAAGACGAAUCCUCUGGAAUACAGAAGGAACCAAAGCUCAGUUGCGGGGGACACUGUCCACUCAGAAAUGACUCUCUAAAGUCUUAAAUGGUUUGAAUUGUUAGAUACGUUUAAACAAUGCUUUAAACCAGAGAGCAGUAUAAAAUAAUACUAUUCUUUCUAAAGAAAGAAAAGUACUUUUAUAUUUAGAUCCAGCUCCUUAUUUGUGCAGUUAUAGUGCUAAAAUAUAGCGCCGGGAAUUACACAACAUGAAGGAAAAGUGUCUGUCGACGUGCUGAUGCCAUUUUAGGUUUGUUUCACAUUACUCCGAGAGGCAGACUCAUGUUUUACAGUCUGGUGAUGAUCUCGGUGUCAAGGAUCUCUUUAAUGUUGCUGAAAUCUGAUUGAGUCGUAUUGCUCUUCACAGGCUUAGCCUCCGAUAACAUUCGUUUAAAUGCACUUCGAAUUAUAUCUACUCUUUAUUUGUGGGAUAAAAUGUACUAGACUUAGGCCAAAUUACUGUAUUGAAGAGGGUCGCGUUUUCUCACACAAUUAUGUUUAUCCUCUGGUAGCUUAAAGUUAACGGGAUUUUCUAAUUAACUACUUUAAGAAGAACAUUUUGACGUUUACAAAAAACCUUGUGAUAUAUGUUGUUGUUUUUUUAAAGGAUAAUUUACCAUUAGUACAUAAGUGAAGUGUGUUAAACAGCCCGGAUGUGUCCUAUGAACUCAUGUUCAUUACAAAGCUGAGGGCUCAGCUGAGCGGUUUGAACCGAUCACUUUACAGCAGAUGGUCUUCCAACACAACACUUUUGCACAGUGCUCAUAGAGCUGUUUAGAGACCACUCUGACAAAGGAUGAUAUAUUAUUGUGAGGAGAGGAAUGUUUCAUGAACGAUUUAACAACCUUCAGUCCGGUCAAAUCGCCCAUUCUGCGCAAAUUGUUUCUUAUCUUCUACAUCUAUGAAACCUCUGAUUGUGGCCAAGGACCUUCUAGAUUGAAUCCACUCAGAUGAUCCACUUGUGCAUAAUAGCUGGUUAUUGAUCAAAUGCAUAUGAUUUGAGGUUAACAGCCGGGUGCUGCAGGUGUACAUGGCAGCUAGCCGUUGUUAAAGUCUCUAAAGGCUUUUUGUAAAUGAGAGAAACUGGAACAAAGGCACGAAUGCACAGUCGGGACGAUCAGCUGCGAGUGUCCUCGGUGUGUAAAAUGUGGACGCCUUAGAAUUCAAAGAUAAACGAAUAAACCAUCUCUUUGUUGUUGGUACGAAGGCUCACUGUGUGUUCUGACGUGUUUCCACAUCAUAACAAAUGUUAAGAUUUCAAUACUGAUGUAACGCCAGUGACGAAAUGUAUUAUUUAUUAAAAUGUAUUAUUGAACAGUA